AUGGAUGAUUAUAACACGGAAGCCCUAGCUAAAUUACGCGGUCAAGUAGCAGCGGAACAGGAGCGUUUACUUUUUUCCAAAGUCUCUGAAAUUCAGAGACUACAUACCGAACUAGAUAAAUUAAGAUCAGAAAUCACGAAUGUCAAAAACCGCAACACUCAGAUUGUUGAAGAGCAUGAUCAAACCUUGAAAAGUUUGGCAGAUGCUCAGAAAACAAUCAAGUCCAAUGAAACAAUUAUCGCUUGGUUGAAUCGCCAGAUUGCCGAGAACGAUUCAGGUUAUGUACAAAAUCGCUUGAAGCUUUCAGCGUUUCCAGUAAUAAGUGUAUCUUCUGGAGUAAUUUGUCCUCUUACUACUCCUAAUUCACUUACGGAUGCCUCUUCUGGAAGUGAGAAACCCUCAGCAUUCGAAACUACUCCUUCAUAUAUCCCAUUAACGCAGCAUUCCCAAGCUUCUCGUGUAGUCCCUUUAUUUGACACACAUACAUCUGUCAUGGUGUCUUCAUCUUCAAAUACCAACAUCAUGCAAACAGUUGACAAAAGGCUCAUAGAACUACCCAACAGCUCAAAAAAUAAUUUGUGUGUGAAAAAUGUUCCUUCUGCAAUAGAUAACACGACUUUCCCGUCUACAAUACUUACUACUCACCUGCCAGUAUCCACUUCGAGCUGUGUGAUCCCUAAAGAAAAUUGUGACUUAAUCCGUGUUAGAGAUACACUUAGUUAUCCUUAUUCGGGUUCUUCUAUCCCACCCGAAAUUCCUGACACAUUAGCCAUGGAAUUCGCGGAUCACAAUGGCAAAUCACGAAGUAUUUCUGAUCAAAAGAUAUCAUCAACCAAGUGCCUAGAGUCCGUCGAUUAUACUAAUGAUCAAAACUACCAUCAACAAUCACUGGCUUCCGCCUAUUUUCCUCAAAUGUCUCUUUGAUUUUCUAUUUGUAAUCAUUCAACCUUCAAGUGAAAUAAGAUUGGUAGCUUUUUUCACAUUUUUACAGCUGAUGAAUCCGUUACUUACCAAUCAGUUCGGUUACACUUCUCUGUGUUCCCAUUCCUAAGAUAUAGUCUGUAAAUUUUCUGUGAAGCUAGUGAAUAAAAAAGCUGUCUGCUUGCUUAGUUAUUUAUGAAUAUAGUUUUCCUAGAUGAAUGAAUUCAAUUACCACAUUUGUUUCUAGUUCGAAUUAGCUUGGUUUAUGCUCUAGCUAUCUAAUAACUAAAUCCGAGGAUAAAAAUACAAACACAAAAAUAACAGCAGAUUGAAGGGGAAAUGAGUCAUCAACAAAGUUUGCAUAAAAAUGGUAAAACCUGCUGGUCUCCCCCGUAAAGACAGGUCGUUUGCUCGAGUAGUUUUUUUUAUCAUAGUCACAAUCAGUUUGUUGUUAAGUUAUUUUAAUCUCACGAUUUAAGGGAAGACAGAGAGUGUAUACACCUACACCAUUAUGAUCGAUUCUUAGCCAUAUGAUCGAGAGUCUCCCACCGUUGGUUACGAUAGUCGCGCAAACAUCAAGUAGUCUGCAUAUACCAACAUGACUCAACCCAAAACACGUGUACAAUGUUGUUACUCAUGAUGCAAACUCUGAGCAAAAAACCGAGUUCCGAACCACAUUUUGUGAGUGAAUAGCAUUCCUCAGAUGACCAAGACAUACCACUGGAUGUUUUGACCACUGAUCAGAAGUCCAGUGUUAAGACGAGGACACUGUAAUCCUGCGGAUACUGUUUUAUCUGUAUUAACAACACUGGAGCAUCGGGCCAUAGGUUUGUAACUUGCCUCAUUUUGGUUUAGGUAACAAUAAGCAGCACGACUAGGCAUUGGAAAUCGUAGUUCAAAUGUAUAAAUAUUAGUCAGUUUAUCGACUGAGUUUUCGUUAUUAGUUUCGUCAAUUCUACCAAUCACAUUACGUGAUUGUUUGGUCGUGACAGCGCUUUAUGACAAUAUCCAGAAACCAUUAUUCCUAACCAGUUAUAGUUUUAGAUGUGCAAUAUCCAUUUGGAAAUCGGUAGUUUUGCCUUCGAUGCUUAAUAUACUCGAUAGUCCAAAAUAUGUCCACUUUUAAUUAUUCGGAAGUGUCAGGAAUACAAAAUGGUUUGAUCAGCAUGAACGAAUCCGAGUUUCCUGGUAUUAAUACAAGUCUUAGUGCAGAAAUAUUCAUAACUUGGUUUUAAAGUAGACUGGAGUUUUCAUUCUGAGCAUUAUUAUGAGUAAUAGCUACGUUAUGGUUAUCACAUUAGUGCAGUGACGUUUUUGUUUCAUGUGGUUUUAACGAUGUCGGACAUCUUUUUAGGUAAAUUAUCUGAUGGCUUACAAAGGCCUUACGUUCAGUCAAACCUGUUCCCACUCAACCACAAUCAACUGGUGUUUUCUUCCGACACACGCUACGACUUAGUAUACACUAUUUUGUUUAUCUCAAUUCAUUACUUAGACCUCCGUAAAGCUUAUACGAAGGACUCUUCAAAGUGCUUCAUCGCAAACCUAGAUACUAUAUCAUCGAUAAGAAAGGAACUUACGAUGACGUCAACAUUGACGGUCUUAAAGUUGACUAUUUAGAAUGAAACCCUGAUAGUGUUGAUUUUCCUCCGGUACAAUUGGAAGACACGGGGCUCACAAUUACGGAACCUCACCCGAUAAUCAUCAAUCACAAAGAAACUUUGCUGGUAUCUGACAACUGGUCCAGAACAACGCACUCUGCAGCAAGGUUAAGAUUUCCAGAACACUCAAAAGACCACUGAAUGCAGGACACUGCAUAAUAUUUUGUUUUGUCUCGUUUGUUCGCAUUUUUGUGUCGUAAAAGAGAAAUAAACGUUUUGCCACUAUGCUCAUAUAUGCGUUUUCAUUUACUGAAAAGAACCAGGAAAAUUAUUGCACAAAAAUGUUUUUAAACUUUCGCAUGUUAUUAAUACGCACGUAUACAAGUUCUUUUUGUUUUGAACGUUUUGUAUCCCUACGCAUAAGUGCAUUUUGACGUACGCUUACAAUUUCAUUUUUUCUUUCCAAGAUGUCGUAGAAAAACUGACGAAAAAUAUUGUGAACAGGAACUUUCAUAGUACAUUUUUUCAUUUCUGUGUUGUACUGCAUGAUCCCUUGUAUUAGGGAAAGACGGCCUGAUGCUGAUGGACAUAGCAAGCCAUCAGGAGAGUGUUUAUCGACGUCAGGCUCGUAGGGUUGAAACUCCUG